AUGUCACAGCCUGCUGAGAGUGCAGCCAGUGCUGCUGCAGGUCCGACGCCUCCUGCACCCGCUACGACAGGUGCUCUCCAGCCUUCCAGUUAUCCUGAUCAACACGUGAAGGCUGGUGGUGCGGCCCCUAGAAGACCCCCGGCAUUUCGAGGCGGCAUCAAUCAGCAUCCAAGGGGACGAACCCCAGCUGCACCACAAUGGCAACAAUACAGCAGCCUAAAAUUGAGAUUGUCCAAUCUCCCCCCUGAUGUGACAACGUGGGACAUCCACAACUCCUUUCGAAGAAAGGUCAAUGUGACUUUUAUCGAACUCUUUGAGAACCGCCAAGGCGAGAGAAGCGGAACGGCGAUAGUACGCAUUGAGCCUCCCCCAAAGAUCAACUACUGGCAGUCUGGUUUCUGGCAGAUACCUCGACACGAGGCCCCCGCGGUGAAGGCCCGUGUUGAGAUUGACAGACACGGGUUCAGACCCUUUGACGAGAGAGUGUUGACUCCAGUGGGCAGACGAGUCGUGGCGAAAUCUGUCUUGAGCCUUUCGAGCAUUCAAUUCGGCCUCCUCUCCGAGCUAAAUGUCAUGAUGAGCAUGCGGACGAUCCAGCCAUCUGCAGCAUCUGGUGCUUGCCGUCUAUCCAUUGACUUCAGACGCAUGCGCCUGUCCCUGGAAUUCUCGCUCAAUUGGGCUGAGCUGGAAAUUGAGGCGUAUGAAUUUGAUGGAAGCGCCACCACCACGACACAUCAUUACAAAGCCGAGAUCGCUUUUUCUCAGCUGAAGAAGCUCAUUUGCCAGGAGCAAGAAGCGAGUGGGAUCGCCUUGGUCAUCCAUUUGGAACACCCUCCCCUCUUCUACCGCAAGAUGGACCGCAUCGACUUGACACAUUCUAGCGACCGCUUAUCGUGGAUAGAUUGGGACCUUUGGCAUCGACAGAUCAACAUCAUGGCAGAUCCACCAUCAAUGAAGAAUGCGGUUGUGUCGUUAGACAAGACCCAACAGUUCAUUGAUAUCGGCAGAUGGACAACGUACCGACUUCAACUGAACAGCAAGUCUGCUGCCGAAUGGCCCAGCCUGGAGCGUGACCUACGAGAUUACAACAUCAAGACGUCGAGCCCAAGCAGCUUUGAGGUUGUGGCUGGCAAGCAGUCUGACCUGCGCCAAACGCUGGAUGGCUCGCUUCAUGCAGCUGAGUCAAGCAGCUCGGCAGUAGCCUUACUGGGACAGAUUGCUCACACAUCACUGCGUUUUGAUGUCCGAUACCAACUAGAGGUCUGCCUUUCGCGCGGGAUAAUUCUCGAACAGAAUAUUGGCCAGGACUUUGUUCAGAAACUUGCACACCUCGAUGCGGAUCAAGCCAGGAUGAUGCUUGAAUUCUUGACCGAACGGGGUACACGGGUGUUCAAUCCAUCAGAGAUCUUCUCUGAUAUUGACGUGAUCACAUACUUCCCCAAUGUGACGGAGUAUUCGAUACCGGAGUACUGUGCUCUGGUGAGGAAGGCUAUUCUCACCCCAACUACGAUCUACUUCACCACUCCGACUGUGGAAACGAAUAACAGGGUCUUGAGAGAGUACAAAGACCUCAAGGACCGGUUUCUUCGCGUUCAGUUCGCAGAUGAGCUACCAGAGGGUCGGGUCAAUGCCUCCGUAGAUGCGAAGAAGAACGACGAGAUCUUCGUCCGCAUCUUCAGAUGCUUGAUGAAUGGUAUCCGCAUAGGGGACCGCCACUACAAGUUGCUCGCCUGGGGCAACUCCCAGCUUCGCGACAACGGUGCGUUCUUCUUCGCCGAGACUGACCACGUCAAGUGCGAAGACAUCAGGAAUUGGAUGGGUGACUUUUCCCAUAUCAAAAACAUUGCAAAAUACGCGGCAAGACUCGGCCAGUGUUUCUCCACGACGCGACUGAUCCCUGGAUUUUCGGUCCCUCAGCUUGUGACCAUUGAAGACAUCACAAGGAACGGCUUUUGCUUCACAGAUGGCGUGGGCAAGAUCUCUACCUUCUGGGCGCGCAUGGCUGCGAACCAUCUACGGCUCGACUAUAUCCCCUCCGCAUUCCAGUUCCGAAUGGGUGGCUGCAAGGGUAUGUUGGUAACUUGGCCAGUGGCGAAGAGGGGAGAAGUGCACAUCCGUCCUUCACAGGAAAAGUUCACCGGUGCUGUUUUCAACGGCCUAGAGGUUAUCCGAUGCUCUUCUUUCUCGACGCCGACGCUCAAUAGACAGAGCAUCACCAUCCUGAGCUGCUUGGGCGUUCCCGGCCACGUAUUCCACCGCCUACUAGGCAAGCAGCUGUCCGGUAUCAAUAGCGCCAUGGAGUCCGAGAAGGAAGCCGUCUUUCAGCUAUCUCGUUCUGUCGAUGAGCACCAGACCACAUUGACUAUGGCGAAGAUGGUCUUGAACGGAUUCAUGCAUGUGCACGAGCCAUUUGUCUGGAGUUUGCUUCGUCUCUGGAGGUCGUGGUCGGUCAAACUCAUCAAAGAAAAGGCGAGAAUAGCCGUCGAAGAUGGUGCCUUUCUUCUAGGCUGCGUCGAUGAGACGGGUACCUUGAGAGGCCACUCGACUCAGACUGAGACGGAUCAAGAGGCUCGAUGUGACCCAAGUCAGCUCCCGCAAAUCUUCCUUCAGGUGCCCAACCCCCUUGCCAAAGGAGAGUACAGGGUGAUCAACGGCCUGUGCGUGCUGGGUCGAAACCCUUCGCUGCAUCCCGGUGACAUCCGUGUCGUGGAGGCGGUUGAUGUACCCGAACUUCGCCAUCUGAGGGAUGUUGUCGUCCUGCCUAGCCAGGGCGAUCGCGACGUAGCGGGAAUGUGCUCAGGAGGCGAUCUAGACGGCGACGACUACUUUGUCUUUUGGGACGAGGAAUUGAUCCCGCCCCAGACAGAGUGGAACUACCCACCUAUGAAUUAUACGGCCCCCAAGCCCCCGGUGGUUGAUCAGGUCACACUGGGUGAUCUCAUGAGGUUCUUCGUUAUCUACAUGAAGAACGACUCGCUUCCGAGAAUUGCUCAUGCACAUCUUGCCCAAGCAGAUCGACUGGAUGGAGGAGCAAAGAAUCCGAAAUGCCUGCAGCUCGCAGCUUUGCAUUCCAAGGCGGUCGACUACGUCAAGACAGGUGACCCGGCCCAGAUGCCCAAGUACCUCAACCCCAGAGACUGGCCCCAUUUCAUGGAGAAACGCCACAAGAAGCCUUACCACUCGGGCCGGAUACUCGGCCAGCUCUAUGACGAGGUGCAGACUAUCGACUUCCAGCCCGCGUACGAUAUGCCCUUUGACGAGAGGAUCCUGAAGCGCUACAAAUUGGAGAAUGAGAUGCUGAAAGAGGCGCGGCGCAUCAAGUCGAGGUACGACAUGGCGAUGAGGCAGCUCAUGGGCCAGAGGGAGAUCAAGACCGAGUUCGAGGUCUGGUCCUCGUUCAUCCUGUCCAAGCCGCGGUUCGGUUCAGACUACAAGCAGUCCGAGGAGGUCAGCCGGGAGGCCUCGGCCCUCAAGGCGCGCUUCAAGGACAUCUGCGUCAAGGCGGCGGGGGGCACAAGGGAGGAUCCCGACAAGCUUCACCACUUUGUGGCCGCCAUGUAUAAGAUCACACAGGAGGAGGUGCGGAUCGCCAUACACGAGUGCAACCGAGACAACAUCAGCUCCGGCGGCAGGGUGUACAGGCGCAAGAUGAACGCCAAGUCCAUGCCGCUGAUCAGCUUCCCGUGGAUCUUCCACAAGGAGCUCGGCAAGAUUGCCACGGGGUCGUCGACGGAACCGGAGCUCAAGCGUAUCUCUGGAAAAAUCGACAAUGCUGCUACGGCCGAUAGUCCGGAGAGCCUGACGGAGGACACUCCAGAAAGCCUGGGAGUGGACGAGGUGAACGAGAUGGACUACGUUCGCACUGCUGGCGGAGUAGUCUUCCACCGUGGAGAGAUCAUCAACUUCUUCAGUCAUGAUUCGGACAACGAGGAGGACGAUGACAUUGAGAGUGUCGUGUCUGGUCAAGAAGACCAAGGAGCACGGGUCGAUGUGCAAAACACAGCAGAGGUCGAAGGCUCGAGUACACCUAGUUCGGAACAGGAGGCAAAGGAAAACCAGGCCUUGGUGGAUCUGUCCAUUGAUGAGCCUCCUGCGAGUGGUAGCCGAAAUGAAGCGGCAUCCGCAUCGUCGGCCUCGCCGAAUGUCACUGGCGAAGCUCUUGCAGAAACCGGUCUGCCUGGAGCUCUUGAGAUUCAGGAGACAUCCUCCCCAGUGGAGGAGACGAAUGGAGUGGCCAACAUGGAUGGCACACAAGACGUAGCCGGCUUGGUCGCUGAAGAUGUCCCUGCGUCCGAUGAAUCCGACGGAGAUGACAGCUUUGAGAUCGAACCGGAGGUCAUCACCAUAUCGAAGGAGGAGAAUGUCCUAGAGAGGGCAGCAAGGCUGUUUGGCGACUGA